CAGACUGGAAGCUCCAGUUAGAAGUUAAGAAGACUCUGAUCUACACAACUACACCAGAUUCGAAAAUAUGUCUUUUGACAUCAUGGCAGUAGCUGCGCUGGGUCGACCCUUCACCUUAGGGAUGCUCUAUGAUGCUCGGCAGGAUAAACUGAUCCCAGGUUUCAACUUGUGGGAUAAAACAACUAUAGAAGAGAACACAGUGGAAACCUCUCUGCCCAGCAGUGAGUUUCAUAUUAUGACAUCUGACUCCAUUGAAUCCAAGUCUUCUCUGCUGGACGUUGAUACUUCCUUGAAGGCCAGUUUCCUGAGUGGACUUAUCGAAGUUGGAGGAUCUGCCAAGUAUCUGAAUGAUCAGAAGAAAUUCAAGAACCAGAGCAGAGUGACGUUUCAGUACAAAGCUACCACCACCGUCAAGCAGUUGUCGAUGACUCCUCUCAGAACCAUGGAAACGCAACAAACAGAUCUUAUUGAGAAGGGCCUUGCAACACAUGUAGUUACAGGCAUCCAGUAUGGAGCAAAUGCUUUCUUUGUAUUUGACAGUGAGAAGUUAGAUGCUAGCAGCGUUCAGAACAUCCAGGGCAGCAUGGAAGCUGUGAUAAAGAAGAUUCCAUCAUUUAAUAUUGAUGGGCAUGUUGACAUCAAGCUGACUGAUGAAGAAAAAGUCCUGACAAACAAAUUCUCCUGCAAAUUCUAUGGGGACUUCAUUCUUGAAAACAUCCCUACAACAUUUGAAGAUGCAGUGAAGACCUAUGUAGAGCUUCCAAAGAUACCGGGAGAAAACGGAGAACAUGCUGCUCCACUGAAGGUCUGGCUGAUGCCACUGAAGAAUUUGGAUUUCAGAUGUGCUCAGCUGAAGAGUGAGAUCAUUGUUACUGAGAUCAGCGUGGUACUAGUGAGGAAAGCUGAAGAUGCUCUGGAAGGUAUUAGGGAGAUAGAAAUGAGAUGCAACGAUUCUCUGGCAGACAGAGUGUCAGAGUGUUUUCCACAGAUUUGCAAAAUGCUGAGCAGUUUCCAAAAACUGUGUAAUUAUUACACAUCUGCGCUCCAACAGGACAUCAAGAGAACACUUCUCUCCAUCCGUGAAGGCAAAGAAGAUGAGAGCUCAUUAGAAAACCUCUUAAAAGACAGAGACAGGUCACCAUUCAGUCAGGAAAAGCUAAGCAAGUGGAUGGAUCACAAGGAGAGAGAAAUCUCUGUCAUUAGGUUCUGUGUAGACAUGAUGGAGGGAAUUAACACAAAGAUUGUCAAAAAUCAGUCAGAGUUGGAUAGAGAGGUUCUCAAUCAAGGUGUAGAGAAUACUCUGUGCUUUGUUUUCACCUCUGUGGAAAGUGCUGACCCCUGCCUUGAUGCGAUGACCAACUACCUGGAUUGCCCUAAAUCGACAAGUACCAAUGAAGACCACUGGUACUUCUCAGAUGAAGUGACAUCCAAAAUGAGAGAAAAAGUCAAAGCUUUCCAUGAUGUUGUCAAAACCAUGAAGAACAGCAGCAGUGUCUGUUUCCUUGCAACAACCACAGCAAAUAUCAAAUAUGAAGGAGCAACCAUCUACCACUACAAGGAGGGCAAACUGGUCACUGAUGACUUUUCACCUGCGGGGGGCAACCUGCUCACUGGUUGUUUUCCAAAGCCUGACGUCCCCUCUGUGGAGUCUAUCACAGACAGAGGAGCUUUACUCCAUUAUGCCUGUAAUCUCUCCCUGGACCCAAACACGGCAAGCAACUGGCUCAUUCUGUCUGAGGGAAACAAAAAGGCGACCUGUACAGAAUGGCAGACAUAUCCUGAUCACCCAGAGAGGUUUGAUCAACAACCCCAGGUUUUGUGCAGAGAGGGGCUUACUGGGCGCCAUUACUGGGAGGUAGAGUGGAGUAAAUGCGCUAAGAAUUAUGUUGGUGUGGCAGUAACAUACAAAAGAAUUGGAAGGAAAGGAAACAAAUGUGAUAGUUGUCUUGGAUCUAAUAAGAUAUCCUGGUAUUUUGGCGAGAAUCAGGGGCUCUCUGCAUGGCAUAACGGUCAAGUGUGGUGUGGUUCUGUUCCCUGUACUGGCUGCAAAAAAGUUGGAGUGUAUCUGGACUGCCCUGCUGGCACACUGUCCUUCUACGAUGUCUCCUGUAACACACUGAGUCACCUCUACACCUUCCGCACUCAGUUCACAGAGCCUCUUUACCCCGGUUUCUGGAUUUGGCACUACACCAACUAUGCUGCCCUGUGUCCAUUUUAGAAAGAACCAUUUUGCACACGGUGUUUGUUUGCAAUAUAGUCAGUCAAUCACAAAAAUAUGAAGUCCUACAGUUUUACUUAAGUGUUCAAUAACAAAACUGAUAGGCGAGCGGAGCGGUUUCAGAUACUGUUUUUUUUUUCUUUACAACUUUAUUGAUGAACCAACAUUUACUUUGGUCUAGAUGCUGGUGUUCUAGUGGGGUUGAUUACUGUAUAUUGGACCUUUAAGGUCUGGUUAGGUUUAAGCACAAAAACCACUUGGUCAGGUUUAAGGACAGAUCAUGGUUUGGGUUAAAAUGAUCAAUUUGUUAAGGUUUGAGAAACAUAUGGUGUGGGUUAAAGUUAUUAUUUCCUUAAAGUUAGGUGACCUUCAUCAUCAUGACUACAAUUAUAACCUCGGGGUUAAGGUUAGGAGACGAUCGUAGUUAUAUACAUAUAUAUAUUUUUUAACACUGGACACUUGCGGUUAAACAGCAGUCUCCUAUGGCAAAGUCAACAGUUGAGUUAGCUAACAUGAUUUUCUUUUUUUGCUUUUACCUUAUUAAAACUUAACGUUAACAUCUUCAUUUAGGCUUGAAUAAUUGCAUUUAAAUCUUUUUUUAAUCUUGGAGUCAUCUCACAAUACUGGUGUGUGAAUAUUCUUUGUUUAUGUUUCCAAGUUAACCUUUUCUUUGUCUGUGUAGUAGCUACAUGGUAUAUAACAUUAUGUCACCAUAAUGGCUUCUACAGAAUAUACUGUAUCUGAUUAUGUUUUAGAGAAACAUGCUGCAGGCUACAUGUGGUUUAACUGUCUUCUAAUUCUUUUGUUUUGUGAGGACAUAUAUGAGGAUACUGAAUAUUUGCUACAUUACACAAUUAGCUCCUGCAAGCACUUACUGGGGUAUCUGCUAAUAUAUAAUAGUGAUUAAGGUAGAACAUUGGGUAGCUUAAGUGCCUGUAGCUUAACAUUAGAAUUGUUCAUUUAUCUUUAUCUAAAUUUACAAGAGGUUUCAUUUGUGCUUGUGAAGUUGGGGAAGAGGAAGGAAAGGAGGGAGGAGGUGUUUCUUUUCUUCAUUUUCAAACAUGUUAGGACACUAAGUAACUCAAGUGUCUCCUCUUCAAUUUAGAAGUUGUUCUUUUUGUUGAAUUUCAGAUUUUAAUGAACACCAUUCACUCACUAAGGACAUUAGUGGUGAACGGUGACAAAGUUUUGUCUUUUGUUUUUUAAGAUUCAGAUGUUGCUGUUUUGUUUUUCAUGCACAAAAAAAAAAAUAAAAAAGGAAAAAGAUUUUUUAAAAAAUACAUACAUUUAAAUAAUCAACAAUUAUUGACAAAGUGAUGAUUCCAGUUUUAUGUUGUGAUCUUUCUCUUCGUCUAACACAAGUAUAAUGAACCACUCAGGAAACUUCUGCUGGUCUUUGUUUUUCUGGUUGUGGCUCUGGACAUUCUGCUCUGAGUCCAACCAAGAGUCCAUUUAAUCUCUGUGGUGUUCUGAGGAGACAGUAACAACAUUGUCUUUAACUUGUUAGGUGUUGAGAAUGUUGCUGAUGUUUACAGAGCUGAAGUUCUCCUGGAUUGUGAUUUCUGUAACACCUGUUGGACAUCUCUCUACUUGAGUAAAAUAUUCAAUAAAGUGGAGUCCUGAGUUGA